AUGGAAGCCCUGAAGGCGCUCGCCGUCCGCCGCCUUCCCAAACUAUGCCGAUCGAUCGCGACGGAAGCCGCCGCGGCCGAUCUUCCUGCCCGGUCACCGACCUGCCGCUCCGGCCAGCAGGCGUUCGCUCUAGCGCUCAACAAGCGCCUCGCAGACGACGCUGCCAGGAGAAACGCCAACCUCAUCUUCUCGCCGGUGUCCGUCUACGCGGCGCUAUCGCUGGUGGCGGCCGGCGCCCGAGAGCGCACCCUCUCGGAGCUGCUCAGCGUCCUCGGCGCGCCGUCGCGCGACGACCUCACCGGGUCCGUCAGUGCGCUGGCGGAGCAGGCCCUGGCCGACCGGUCGCAGACGGGCGGGCCGCAGCUCAACUUCGCGUGUGGCGUGUGGCAUGACGAGACUAGGCCUCUCAAGCCCGCCUACAUCGACGUCGUCGUCAAGUACUACAGGGCGCAGACGUGCGCCCUAGACUUCCACCGAAAGCCCAAGGAAGCAGCGAAGCAGAUCAACGAAUGGGUGGAGGAAUCCACGAACAGGCUUAUCACCGGGAUCAUUGAUCCUAAGGAACUGACCGAGGCAGUCGACCUCGUGCUCGCUAACGCCAUCUACUUCAGGGGCAAGUGGCACCGUCCUUUCGACAAGAAGGAUACCAAGGAUGACAAGUUCCACCGCCUGGACGGCAGCACCGUCGACGUGCCCUUCAUGCGACACUCACGCAGCCAGCGCAUCGCCUGCCACGACGGGUUCAAGGUCCUCCAGCUCCCCUACGAGCAAGACCGGCCGUUGCCCGGUCAGCCGCAGGCGCUCUACACGAUGUGCGUCUUCCUCCCAGACGCCCGCGACGGUCUGUCGCGGCUGACAGACAGGAUUGCCAGCGACCCUGACUUUCUAGGCAACCACAUGCCCAGGGGCACCGUCGAGAUCGGUGACUUUCGUCUACCCAAGUUCAAGCUAGACUUUAACACUAGGUUGAACGGCGUUCUCCAGGGCCUGGGAAUCAACGAGGCUUUUAAGCUGGGAAAGGCAGACUUCUCCGAGAUGGUGGCGGACGAUGGCCUCCACAGGAGCCUUGCGUUGGGGGAAGUGAUCCACAAGGCUGUCAUCGAGGUGAAUGAGGAAGGCACCGAGGCGACCGCUGUUACCGCUUGCUUUAUGUUCGGUUCAGCUGGCUGCCGACGGCCAGUACUUGUGGACUUCGUCGCUGAUCAUCCCUUUGCCUUCUUUGUGAGAGAGGAGUUGUCGGGUGCAAUCCUGUUCGCAGGGCACGUCCUUGACCCCUCAACACCAAAUGAGUGACAGCAGAUCCACCACGAAGCGCGUAUGCACGCGUUCUAAA